ACACACAACGCACACACACACACACACACACAACGCACACACACACACAACGCACACACGCACAUUCACACCCACCCACCCCAACGCCACCGCUGUCACCCACAUCCACAAAUCAGUAAUCCAGAAGCACACGCACACGCACAUCCCAAACUGGCGCCCGCCCAUAUGGCGACAGAGAGCAACGACUUGCGACCCAAGGUCGCCGUCACCGCCGCAGGUGGCUGGGUGGAGAACGGGUUUGGCGAGAUUCUGUGGCUGCUGCGCGCAGGCAAAUGGGAUUUGCCCAAAGGCCGACUGGAGGCGGGCGAAACCGUGCCGGAGUGUGCUGUCAGAGAAGUGAAGGAAGAGUGCGGCCUGACCGAAGUGCAGCGCGGCGAGAAGAUCAUCGAGACCGUGCACGAGUACGAGCAAAACGACCGCCGCUUCGUCAAGACCACCCACUGGUUCCGCAUGUCUGUGCUCGGGCGCCCGCCCAUCUCCCCACAGGCUGACGAGAACAUCGACCGCGUCGCAUGGCUGCCUCACAAGGAAUGGCUCGCCGUCCUCGACUCAACCUUCCCCAGCGUUCGCAAGGUUGUUGCGGCUGUUUCACCCAGCGACAGCCCUGAAAACAGACUGAACAACGACACCCCCGACGACAACACCACCACCACCACCAACAACAGCAACAGCGACACCAACGGCGGCGAUAACAAUGACAACAACAGAAGCAACAGCAACGAUGCAACUGGCACACCGCACAACAGCACGACCAACGACGAAGCCAAUACCACUGACACGAGUGAUAUGCAGACACAGCGCGAGGAUGCUGACACCAGAAUAUCCCCGGCAGCCGCAACCGCAAAUGACCCUUCACGACAACGGAGUGAACAAGCAAAGUGUGAGCAGCAGCGUGACGCGUCCGAGCAGUCCACAGCCAUGGACAUGUCCGCGGACAAGGAAAACGGCGUGGACAGCAGCGCUUCUUCCUCCCAACAACAUGGGCAGCCAGCCACAAGUGCACGCGAUGCAGGCCCCAGUGCAGGAGACAGCCGAGCUGGUGCCCUGACUGCCACGCGGCUGGACGAUGACGGUGAGGAUGACGGGUUCUUUGGCCCUCGCCCGGUGCUGAGCGGCGACCGGUCCAGUCUACGCGGCGACGAGAGCCCCAUCAUCGGUCCGCAGGCGCCACCUGGCCUUGAAGAGCAGCAGCAGCACGAGGAGAUGCCGUCACUCUCUGAAGAGGCGACGCGGGAGCUUCAGGCAACACUGGUGCCGUGUCCUGUGAAGCUUUACAAGCAGGGCGGCGACCAGUGGGACGAGCAGCCCGAGGGCACCAUCUCCCUGGACCUCGCAGACAACCUUCAUCUCACCAUCACCGCCACAGACUCCUCAGAGACACUGUUUGACCUGCACCUGACCGAGGCGCGGUCGUGCCAGAUUCAGCAGGCGUUUGUGCUCCUUGGCUACGGCGAACCAGAGGAGGUGGUUGCCAUCAGCUUCAAUGACGAUGACGCGUGUGCAGCCUACUCAAACGCCAUUUGCACAUUCCUGCAAGCGGACACGGCGAGCGAUGACGAUAUGCUCGGGGAGCCGGACAACAACUUGUUCACCCCGGUGGACCUGCCCCCUCCAGACCUCGCGCAUUUGGAUGCGUACGACAAGUUCCUGACGGAGGUGCUUGACAUCAGGCAGCAGUCCAUGUCCACACAGAAUAUGGACAUGCGUCGAGAGGCGCUCAUGAAGAUCAAAGGAUUUGGGCACCACAUGCUGUCGCAUGUGGACACAUUCUUCGACACGUUUGAGAAAUGUGACGACCUGGAGGACGACAAGGCGCUCGGCACCAUCUACAACAUCUCCCUCGUCAUGCUUCUCUCCUGCAUGCCAGAGCUCUUUGACUUGUUGACGCCGCCGCAGUAUCUUGAGCGGUUCAUCGGCACGCUCGAGACGAAGCCCGACGGCUCCAAGACGGAGCACCGCGAGCACCUCAACUCGGACACCCGUUUCCAGGAGAUUGAGCCGUUGAACGAUGACGAUCUUCGCUUCCGCAUCCGGCAGCUGUAUUACAUCACGUAUCUCAAGGACGUUAUUCUCGCCGGCUUCAUCGACGACCAGCUCCCCUUUGUCCUCGACUCCCACGCCAUCUUCGCAUCUGGCGCCAUCCUGGAGAAGCUUGUUACCAUGCCCACCUACCUCAAGUCUAUCCUGUCCGCCGACCCGGGCCAGUCGCAGGACCGUACACGCAAGCAGGCCAUGUUUCUGCUUGAGGUGUUUACGGUGAGCGGUAACCAGCAAUCUGUGGACAAGCCCGUCGUGUACAAGGCUCUCGCCGACAGCGGCCUCUACAACGUCAUCAACAUCUGCCUGCAAAGCGACCACAAAGAGACGCGGCACAACGCCGUGUGUGCCGUUUGCAAGGCUCUCGAGAACAACACGCCCUCCAUCAGGCAGAUUAUUCACAAGAACGAGUGGGCGCUGCCGUCUGAACUGAUCCGCGCGUUUGCCAAGGAAACAAGCAUUGCGACCUUGACGAUGCUGAGCCAUGCGUUGGAGAUGCUGUACGACGUGGACACAUUCAUCGAUGCAGAGGCGACCAAAUCUGCGCUGCUGAACAUGCUGUACAACUCGGAUGUGCUGUUUCCGCGGCUGGUAUCGCUGUUCUCCAUGCCCCCAGAUGAGAUGCGCACACCGCACGGGCGGGAGAAGCUCGUCAUUCUCAUGCAGCUCAUCAGCCACUGGCUUCCGACACACACCUACCACAUCAAGUCCUUUGUCACCACCAAGAACCUGCUUGGUCAGGCGGCAAAGGUGGUUAAGGCCAACGACAAACUCCUGACCCUCGCCUUUGCCCGCCUUUUGUCCCACGUGGUGCAGACAAAGAACACCCUGUUUUACCGCAAGCUCGUCGCAGGCAACUUGAUGGAGCCUGUGAUGAAGGCGUUUAAUGCCGUGAAGCAUCGUUACAAUAUGCUCACAUCCACCGUCCUCAGCAUCAUCGAAUUCACAGCAACGAACAAUCUGCCAGCGAUACGCGAUUACCUGGUCAAGAACUUUCGUCAGAUUCUUGAAAACAUCGACCAGCACCCCUGUGGCAAAAACCUCGUAUUAAGGUUUGAGCAGAGGUUUGACGAGAGUGCUGCUGGUUCGCUGGGCAACGGUGGCGGGACGACGGUUGCUGCUGCUGCCGCUGCCGCCCUGCGGAGCCGGUUCAGAAAGGAUGGCUCCAUGACUGAGGAAGAGGAAAACUACUUUUCCGAGGACAGCAUUGAUGCAGACGAGUCUGAGCAGCGGGAUGACCAACCACGUAUUAUCAUGCCGAACCAGGUGUCACCAUCGCCGCCGCCACCACCAUCCCACCGCCGCCCGCUUGUGUCGUAUGACGAUGACGACGAUGAUGACGACGACGACGAGGAGGAAUCGUUUUUGACCCGGGCACGCGUGUUGAAGAAACCAAAGUUCACGUUUGCAAUUGGCACCAAGACCGCGUCGUCCAUGUCAGACGACAAGGACCAGCAGCACUCGCGCAGGGAAGGCGUCUCCUCCAGUAUCUUCCCACUCAACACCUGAUUGUGGAUUGUGGGAUGGAUAUUGCGGUGAGAUCCGCAAUGGCGACAUGUGCGGAGGGAGCGUGGUUUUGUGGCCACCACCCCGUACAUUCUCGUCAUCAUCACUUUGCCUUUGUUUGUGACUGUUUCCUGUUGGCGUCGUUGGUGUGUGUGUGUGUGUGUGUGUGUGUGUGUGUGUGUGUGUGUGUGUGUGUGUGUGUGUGUGUGUGUGUCACCAAUUUUGUUCUUUAUAAAGUAUCCUGUGUUUUCCACGUUGUCAUUACUGCUGGUGCGUGUGGUUGGUUGAAACUAGGUGUUGGGCGGUUUGCCUAGAUUGAUGUGACACGUGAAGUUCCCCAUUCCUGUGUGCACUGUCCGCGCACCACAUCGUCUGCGGUUUGUCCUGUCAUCGUCGUGUUUUGUCUUCCUCCAUCUUCCAUCCUUCUUUGACAUGAGAGCUCGCAAGGUUAGCCUGAUCUAGGCAACAACAAAAUAAAAGCCCCCUUAUCCUUCCACCUUCGAC